AUGCCCUCACUCGACCCGACCGCCCCAGGCCGCGUCCUAGUAACCGGCGGAAACGGCUUCAUCGGUGCCCACGUGAUAGCGCACCUCCUUCGCAGCACCCCCCAUCACAUCAUCGCCACGGUCCGCACGUCCGAAAAGGCCACCGCCCUGCUACAAACCCACGGCGGCGCCAACAACCCGCGCCUCACCACCGCCGUCGUGCCCGACAUCACGCAGCCGACCGCCUACGACGCCGCCGCGCGGGGUUGCGACGCCAUCGUCCACCUGGCCUCGCCCUUCGGCUACGCCUACACGGACUACGAGUCACAACUCCUGCAGCCCUCCAUCGCGGGCACGCGUGCUAUACUAAACGCCGCGAACAGGACCCCCAGCGUGCGGCGCGUGGUGUACUGCAGCAGCUUCGCGAGCGUGUACGACGCGGCUGACGUGGCGCCGUCGCGGACUUACACCGAGGCUGAUUGGAGUCCGUUGACGUACGAGGACGGCAAGACCGCGGUGGCGACGCCCGUGGCGUACCGCGCGAGCAAGGUGCUGUCGGAGCGCGAGGCGUGGCGCCUUUGUAAGGAACAGGCGCAGGGGGGAAGAUGGGACCUGGUCGCGCUGUGUCCGGGCAUGGUGUUUGGGCCGCUGGUGGAGGGCACGCUGGGGAGUGUCACGGCGCUGAAUACGAGUAAUUCGAUGGUUUGGGGACUGUUGGAUAAGGCGGAGGUGCCGCCGACGCGGGCUACUUUGUGGACAUCGGUCGUCGCCCUGGCAGAAGCCCAUGUUUCUGCGCUUGGCGCUCCCGAAGCUGGGAACGAGCGGUUCUUGCUCCUUAGUGGUGACUACGACAACCAGGAGCUGGUUGACACUAUCAGGGGCUCGACGGCUUUGGAUCAGACUGUCAAGGAUCGCGUACCUGUCGGGAAUCCGGGAGAGCGGCCUAAGGUGGAGACCUACAAGGCGGAUGGUAGCAAGGCGGCGAAAUAUCUCAAGUUUUCAACGCCGAGUCUAGAGGAAACAGUAGAAGGCUUGCUGAAGCAGGUGCUCGGGGUAGAGCAAGAGGAGAAGAUGAAAAGUACUUGA